GAAUAAGAAGCGCCAGAAGAGCGCAUGAUGGGAUAUGAGAGUCCUCCGGCGGCGCGCUGCCGCCAUGUCACCUAGGGAGAAACACUUAGCUGUUCUCUCUGCUUUAGGCAUAGUUAGUCUCGCUCUAUAUUAUAUUCCUACUUUUCUUUGCGCGACUUUAAUUCUUGUAGUGUGUUGUAUUGUGUGUUACUAUCACAGCGGAGAACCGCUUCCCGCCAGGUUAGGCCUCAAUCCGCGGGCUGGGGUGAAGGUCCCAGCCGUGCUCCGGCGCUGGUUGUGGGGUUGGGGAGUGACCGGCGUGUCAGUAGCCGCACAGGGGAGAAGAAAGAGCGGCAGAAACAAAAACGAGGUCCCGGAAGCAGAGGGACACUUCAGAGGAAGGCUCGUUGAAACUGGGAUUUAUCGGAGGGAAACAUUGGCUAGUGACUCGUUUCUUUUCAGCCCUCGGGAUUUCCUAAUGGGGAGUUACAUCGGGAAACCCGAAAGUCCAACCGCCGACUCCGGGAGGCCGAGAGCAGGGAGAAAUCCUCGAGAGCAGCUGCGGGAAAAGCUGUCCAGACCCAACCAUGCUGUCUAUACCCCAAACAGGAGGCUGUCGUUUGCUGGGGAACCGCCGGGCACGGUGGGCAGGUUCACCAUCACCCCCCAGCGUCACUAUCCCCUGCAGCAGCCGGGUCUAUCAUCAGUGGGAGUCCUACCUCCUGUCAAGUGGGAUGGCUUCAUGAAGAAAAACAUCCGUAGCCCUCGUAACUCUCCGGGUGUCCUCAGCCCCGUCACUGUGAAGAUCGCCAGGCCAGACAACCACAGCUCCCCUGGUUUGGACCAUCUGAGCUGUGCCGGGCUUCCUCGGGCCCCCGUGGACCCCUGCUCCAGAGAAAGUGUCCUCAAGGUGUUGAAGGAAAGCCGCAAGAGAGAAGUGGAGGAUGAGGACAGAAGCUUUGCAUCUGAGCAGAAAAGCAAAAGAAGGCGUAACGACAGCGGUGGAAGUGCACACUCUGCCUUUGAACCUCUUUUGCCCAAUGGGAUGCCAUCACAGCUGGUCCCUAAGCCAGGAAACCUGAAAAGAGGUAUGACUUCACUGGCGGAGGAUUCUAUCAUGAAGAGGUCUCGCACCUCUUCCAUCAGCUCUGGCAGUGGGGUCCAUGCCCCGAGAGGAACCCCGGGCACCAGGAGAAAUCCUAUCCAGAGCUCCUACAGCUCUUCACUAGGCCUCAGCCAGUGGAAGAAGCGGUCAGCACCCAGCUCCCCUCUGUCCAGCCCCGGAUCAUCUCGCUCUCAGACUCCAGAGGGAGCCUCCAAAAGAGCCAGAGAGGACGACGGGCAGUCUCCCAGCUCAGCGUCCUCAGUGAGGUCAGACCAGACAGCCUCCGACAAGGAUCCUGUGACUUGUUUUGCAGCCAAACUGACUCCAGUCCCCAGGGUCCCAGUCACUACCUCAAUAGAUUCUACUGGUAGUGGUGGGAAGAGAAAACGGAAGAUCCAGCUGGUGUCCAGCCACCGGGACGAUCACAUCUCUCUGCCUCCGCCUCCAGAGCUGGGCUACCCUAUCACUGUGAAAGACCUAGAUGAAGAGAAAAAGGCUGCCCUCAGCAAGAUCCAGAAGGUCCUGGAGACACCCGCUCCAGAGCCGGAGAAGUCUGUCUCUCUCUUAGCCACCACUUCCACCCAGCCUGCCUCCUCAACCAGCUCUACCACCACCACCACCCUGAGCAGCCUUCUGGCAGCUCCUCUGCCAACAGCCUCCAGCUCUGCCAUCCCAGUCAUCAACCUGGAUCCCAGCCCCGGCAGCAGUGUCAGCACAGCACCUGCAGCCUCCAACCCACUACUGGAAGCUCUGAAAAUGAAAAGCAGCAUUCCUGCUAGCUCUACAUCUGCUGCCAACACAACUACAGUGUCUGCAUCAACCACACCUGUACAAUCCAGCGGCUUAACCCUGAAGAUUUCGACUUCAGUGGUUGCCCCACAGCUCCCCCCUGCCUCCCAGUCUCAGUCCUCCUCUGCUGGUGUGGAGCAGCCCUCUGCCUUUACUCAGGUUCUGGGUCAGCUCUCCAAGGCGUCCAGCAGCACUCCACCUGUAGCAGGAACAGGCGUGUUUGGACCGUCGAGCCAGAUCAGCACCCCCACUGCUUCUUCAGCCUCUAAUCCAGUCACUGCAACUGCCCCAGCCAGCAGCUCAGGGUCAGUCAGUAACACCAACCCUCUGCUGACUUCAGGGUUCAAGCCCAUUUUUUCCGUCACCACCACCACCUCCUCAGCUACAUCAGCCCCAGACAGCAGACCUCCUGCCCAAAAUUUCAAGCCCAUCUUUGGAGCUGCCGGUGCUGGCUUUGGACCACCUCCACCCUACACCACCUCUAACCCAGCUUCUACCGUAUGUUCAAGUAGUGCAUCCUCAAUGUUUGGAUCAACAAGUAGCACCACAGUUACACCAUCUGUCUUUCCUGGUAUGACCAACACCCCCACUGGCACAGCCUCCACCACCUCCAUCACAAGCACACAGUCUGCAGCCCAGCCAGCUGUGAAAUCCCUCUUUGGAAACUGGUCAGCACCAUCCACAACAAGUACCAUCUCAGCCUCAGCGCAGGCCCCUAAUACAGGGAGCACCUUUCAGUUUGGAACUGGUACCACCACUACUGCAGCUGCAGUUGCUCCCACUGCUGCUACCACCACCUCCAGCAACAGCACCUUCGCAUUUGGUGCCACACAGCCAGACCCCCAAGCAGCCAACCAGAAGGUAUUCGCCUUCGGCCACGCAGCACCCAGCCAGAACACAACCACUGCUUCAUUUGGAGGCUUUGCCAUGGCCAACGCAGCCUCCACUACUGCUGCCGCCACCACCCAGUCCACCUUCACCUUUGGAAAGUCGUCGUUUCAAACACCGGCAGCACAAUCAAACUUUGGCUCCUCAGCGGCAGCGGCCGCGCAGUCGACCUUUGGCUCCUCAGCGGCAGCGGCCGCGCAGUCGACCUUUGGCUCCUCAGCGGCAGCGGCCGCGCAGUCGACCUUUGGCUCCUCAACGGCCGCGCAGUCGACCUUUGGCUCCUCAACGGCCGCGCAGUCAACUUUUGGCUCCUCAGCGGUAACGGCAGCGCAGUCAACCUUUGGCUCCUCAACGGCAGCGCAGUCAACCUUUGGCUCCUCAGUGGCAACCGCAAAACCGUUCACCUUUGGAGGCAGUGGAGGAGCAUCAUCCACACCUGCCUCUAACUCCGCCCCACCCCCUUUCCCUUUUGGGUUAGCUGCUGUCACCACAGCAACCGGUUUUGGGACCCCAGCUAAACCAGCAUUUGGAGCGAGCUCCGCCGGUUUUGCUUUCGGUGGCACCACUGGUCCCACAGCUGCACCCUCAGCUGCACCGAGCUUUGGUGCGGCCACGCAGACUCAGAGCUCCUCCUCAGCCACCUUCACAUUUGGCAGUGCUGCUCCUCAACAGGUUCCCUCCGGGCCUGCUCCGCCAGCACCCAGUGGAUUUAACUUUGGUGCUGGUAUGCCAUGCCCCCAGUUUGGAACACCAGUUGCCAAUAAUCCUGCACCGCAGAUGGGAAGCUUCAACUUUGGGGCUGCUGCUACUGACAAACCAGCUUUCGGGACGUCUACCCCAUCCUUCGGCCAGAGUGCUGCUGCCGCAGGUCCAAUUCCCUUUGGAAGUCCAGGAACUCCAGCCCAAGGCUUCAACGCUGUUCCUUUUGGGUCUCCAGCGACUCCCUCCUUCUCUAUCGGAGCUGGAUCAAAGCCAUCUGGAGCUCGCCAGAGGCUGCAGGCGCGGAGGCAACACAACAGGAAGAAGUAACCUGCUACUUGUGUCCAGCACCACUUUCAGAGGACUUCAGCUGUUGCUGCUGUUGCUGCUAUGGUUAAUCUGGCUAACAUUGCUCUGUUGUAAGCCCAACACCCCACCCCCCCCAACCUGGCUGCCAAGCCCUCCGAUUCCUUCCCCUCCUCCAGUGGGUUGAGCUGGCCCAAAACAUUGUUUGCAAAGGAGUUAGAAAGAGCACACCAGCUUGCUGAGUUAAUGCUGCCUGGAUGACUACAUGACCCAGUGAGGGAAUAUAGCAGUGAGGAGACAGAAUCCAUAACAAUGUACUAUACUUGAAGAGAGAGAGAGA